CUCUCUCCGGGGGGCACACACGUCCUACUCCUUUACAACGAACGCUGCUAACUUACAUUGAACCGGGUGCUUUAACGUUAUAACGUGACGUCAGCCAGCAGCUCGCGAGCUCGACAUGUUAGUUAACACGCAGUGACGUCGAAACGACAGCUAAUAGGCUCACUUCACUUCACCGACAUGGCAACUUUUAGCUUCGGUUAGCUCGUGUUUCACACGCAACCUCGUAGGAUUCAGUCAUCACGUUGUGUUCCGACAGCGAAGUGCUUAGCAAAGUGCUUUACGGUGUACAGCACUUACACCGACACCGAACACACGCGUUGUAUGCGACGUGAAUGUGUGUUGAUGAACUAUGAUAACGUGGAGCUUGUCUUCUGCGAUGCUGACAGUCUGCCUGAAGCCUUCAGAAAGAGCAAGAAGGGCAGCAUCUACCUAACUCCGUACAGGGUGAUCUUUCUGGCUAAAGGGCGGGACGCACUGCAGUCCUUCAUGAUGCCCUUCUACCUAAUAAAGGGCUGUGAGAUCAAGCAACCUGUAUUGGGAGCCAAUUACAUCAAGGGUACCGUCAACUCAGAGCCCGGAGGUGGCUGGGAGGGCAGUGCUAUGUUCAAGCUCAUCUUUGCUGCUGGAGGAGCUAUAGAGUUCGGCCAGUACAUGCUGCAGGUCGCGGCUCAGGCCUCAAGAGGUCAACCAGUGACUGCUGGAUUUGGUGGAUGCCCUUACAUGGCCAACGGGGCCUAUGCUUACCCUCCUCCCCCUGCUAACGGGAUGUACCCUGCUGGACCUCCACCCGGCUACUCCUACCCCAACCCUCCUCCAUCAGGUGUAUUCUACCCCAACCCUCCAGCGUUUGAUGCGUCUGCGACCUACAUACCUCCGCCUCCUUAUUCUGCUCCCCUAGGCCAGCAGCCCCCACAUGACCCUGACCUCCCCUCCUCGGCAGCAGCGGAGGCCAAAGCAGCCGAGGCAGCAGCAAGCGCCAGCGGUGCCACACUGCCUCCUACACACGUGUACCUGCCACAGGACAAGCCUCCUCCCUACUCUCCUCCAGAAGACAAGAAGAACCAGUAGACCUGCUCCAUCUCACCCUCAUGGCUCUCUGUCUCUUGUUAUCUCUAUCCUACUGGAUCACCUUGUUUUUCAUUCCAUUAGCGGACAUCAGGAAGGCCAACAUGUUCCUUUUCAACAUAGAUCUCAUCUUCCUAAUCCCUUCCCACUGAUUCCUUGUGGUUUCACCUCGUCAUUCCGUUGCCUUCCCACUUCGGCCUAAACCUUUCACAUUCCUUUUAAUUAUUCCUAUAUUGUAAUGGGUUUCAUUCUCUUCAGAAGCCCCUUUACUUGAUGGAAAUAAGAAGUAUUGGUCGCUAUCUUUAAAGGAAAAACGAGAAGAUUGUUCAAGCCAAAGUUAUCUGGAUUGGUCGACAACAACUUUGUAACCUGACUAGCUAUUUUAGCUAUUUUAGCGUACAAUUGCCUUGCAGGUGUCCCAAGAAUCAUACCGCCUCCCCCCAAACUUCAGAUUCAGCCGAGUUUUGACCCUCACUUAUAAUUUUUUUUAGGAAUCUAAUAAUGUUAAUCACUUUGCUAGUCUAUUCAGAUGCAAGCUGAAUGCACUGUUUUAUUUUUCUAUUAUUUGAGUGUGUACAGGCUUUUAAUAUGUAGACUUUUAAAAAUGAGAUAUUUUCUCAAAAGCACUAACCUAGAGAAAACAAACUUUUUGUAAAGGCAGCGGACUGCAGUGUGGCCUGGUCUGCUUUGGCGUGUUUUAGUGGACGAGAGGACCACAGAGAUUAGAGCAGCGCCGAGCCCCCGCAGUGAGACCCUGAUCCUGGAUUAGAGCAGAGAGUGAGGGCGAACCAGGGCCUGUAGGGACGGGCUGCCAGAAGGGAUUAUCUUUACAAUGGGCGAGAGCAGAGCAGUUACCCAAUGAUGUCACUUCCUGUUUUGUCAUGCCGCUGAACAUUCGAGAAAACAAAUGGUUGGACUCGCCGCCAGCCUGCUUCACCUUUCAUUCUCCUUAUGUGCUUCUCCCCCCCUGACAUCGUAGAAACCAACAAGACCAUUAGAUGAUUGUCCUCACCGUUUCUACUUUCUGUUGUGACCUUGACUCUCCAGUUUGAGGUCGGUCUUUGAAUCUGAUCUGAGCACCUCGGUAUGUGAGUCUCUCCUCGUCCUUCCUCUCUAGUCACUUAUCUAUAUACUGUAUCUGUGGCACAUCCGUGGCUGAUAUUUUGCACUCUCAGAAGGCCAUGCAUCGGGCUCCUGUUCGCUCUGUCAUGGCUGUGUGUAUUAUAAUAAUUAUAAUAAUAAUAAAGCUCUGUAUUUAUUUCAAACUAAUUUAUUGAAUAAUUCAUGUACAAUGGCUCAAGUAAGGAAAACAAAGCAUGAUCUCAACUGAUGCAUGUAUGCAUUGGAUUGGAUUUUAUUAAAUGGAUCUUGAUUCAUG